CCUCUGUCAUCAUUUUAAGUGGGGGAACUUGCACAAUCGGUGGCUGACUAAAUACUUUUUUGCCCCACUGUAUGUCAGGGAUUAAAUGUGGAGGACUUUCACUGGUCCGGUCCACUUAAGCAGUAUGUAGCCCACGGUGUAAAAUGAGUUUGACAUCCCUGAUCUGAGGUGUGAAAACUCAUCAUUAUGCAUAGAAGAUCUUUAUUUGUGAAAGAGUUAAAUUAUUAAAAGAUAAACGUUUUGAAACCACUGAAAGUGUUUUCUGAGUUGUAUGUGGUGCAGCGUCAUUCACAAGGCCUACAACAAAUACCGCCUUCAUCCUAACAUAUAUGUGGUUUUGCGUUUUCUUUAACUUUUGAAAAUUCCUUGGCACAAAUUUAUAAGCUCCAACAGUCUGAGCAGUGCUAAGUUUUUAAAUGUUAUAAUAAGUGUUUGUGAGAAAUAUUUAUACAAAAAGACCUUUAUUAUCAUCCCUCAUUAACACCUCUAAUCUAAGCUCACAGAAGUGAGUUCUGGGUAGAUUAAUUUGGCACCGAAAAAAUUGCAACUGAUGUCAGCAAACAAGAGCUACGCAAAGCCCAGAGAAGUAGUAAGGUUGGAUUUCACAAGAGCUGGCAGGACUCCAGCACCACUGGCUGGGUGUCACGUUCAGAAGAAAUCUGUUUAGUAUUUCGAAAUAUGCCUUUCCAAGAAAGAUGGAUUGUUUGUGAAUACCAAGAAGCAUAAUGAAUAAAACACAUUUCUUAACCUGCUUGUCCUUGCUGCUUUCGAAUAACUGGUGUUGUCUCAUUCAUCCCCAUCUUUGUGUAGCAAAAAAAGAUAACAAAAACAUGUCAUUAAACAGGUUGCAGUUUUGAACAGCUGCUAAAAUACUGCUAUGGAUAUGCACUCACUGGCCACUUUGUUAGGUAUACCUGCUCCGCUGCUUUUUAAUGCAUAUCUGCUAAGCCUGCAUUUAGACAUGUAAACAUGGUCAAGAUGACCUGCUGAAGUUCAGACUGGGCAUUGAAAUGGGGGGAAAAGGUGACUGAAGUAACUUUGAACAUGGCAUCGUUGUUGGUGCCAGACGGGUUGGUCUGAGUAUUUCAGGAACUGCUGAUCUGAAGGGAUUUUCCCACUCAACCAAGAAAUCUGCAGCAACUGCACGAUGUUAUCACCAUGUUUGCACCAUGUUUAACCUAUACAGUGAAGAAUUAAGGCAGUUUUUCAAAGGAAAAAAGGGGGUCCAAGUCACCACUAGCAAGGUGUACCUAAUUAAGAUGCCAGUGAGUGUAACUGUCUUACUGCUUCAUCAUUUCGUUGCGUUAAGAAGCUGCAGUUUCUGCUUCUGCUGCUGCUUCUUUGUGCACUCUGAGCUUCAUAUAAUAAAGUGAUUUGAAGUGUGGAUGAAUGAGACUUAGUCAUUUAUUCUUUUCUUGAGUUUAAUGUAGGUAACAAGAAAUGCAUCCAUUAAAUUGUGAUAGUGCAAAAGAUGUAGCACGUAGUGGUGUCUGGAAAAACAAGCAACAUGCAACUAGCUUAAAAUGGACACUGGGCUAGCUUGUUAGCUCAGAAAUUUCUUAGACAUGUGGAUGGACAAAUCUGAAAAUGUCACUCACUCUUAAACUGAAAGCUUAACUAUAAAGAAUUUUACUAGCCAGUUUCCCAAACACGGAUUAAACCUAAAAGGAAAAAAAAAAUCUGUGACAACUCUAUUAUUGAAAAAAGGUUUAGUCUAGGAUGAGGCUUAAUCCAUUUUGGGGGAAUUGAGCCGUGUAUUUAACAAAGGCCUCAGUCAUACAGCGAGCCCCCGGCAACCACUGGUUGCUAGUGAAAAAUGUGUAUUCCCUAACUGGCUGGCGGAUGCUUGUUAGCUUCCAGCAACCACUCAACCAAUCAAAAACCGUGAGUCAACUGCUUUCAACAACUUCUGUGUUCUUAUUGUAACACCUCUACUAAUGUUCUAGAUAAGAAUUAAUAAAUAGCUAAAGCUGCUAAACAGAAACAAGCAAACAAACUGAAAAUAAACUGAAUUAAAGGCAAAAUGUCAAAAUAAAUAAAAAUAAAAACUAAUCAGAAAAGAAUUUUAGAGCGCUCAAGCACUCCCAAAACCAUAGUAGCCCUGAAAAUAAUAGCAAUAAUAGUUUGGAAAAUAAUGCUAAAAUGCUAACUUCUAAUGCUAACCCAGAAAGAAGAUGAAGAGGUAAUCUAACGACACAAAUCAGUGGUGCAGAUUUAAAACAAGUCUUACCUGAAGCGUUAGCAGGCAAAAGUGCAAAUUGUUGUGAUGAUGAAGGGUGAUUAAAGUGACUUAAUAAGUUUCUGCUUAAGCAUAUUUGCUGUUUAAAUAGCGUCAAAAACACUGGCUGGCUAAUUUUAACCUUCAGUGUUUGUUUACAGUAUAGGACAGUUACAGAUCCAGGUAUGAACAAGUGAAAAGAAUGUUACCUGUCCAUGGCCAGCAGCAGCCCGUAUUGAUUUAGGAUAUCGGUAUGACUUUAUUGUUAUAAAUUCUGUUUCACUGUUACCUUUGCACAGAGAAGGAGAGAGGAAGACAGAGAGGGGGAGGACAGAGAUUUCUGAGAUAAAUAAUAUUUGUGUUUUCUUGUUUUCAGUACAGCUGGUCUUCUACAUGCAUUAAGCACUAGGUUGUUAUAUAUUAUUUUAGAAUCUUUACUCAAGUCAUGGAUUUUUUUAUUUAUCAGUUAUUGUGCAGAAAAAAUGCAAAAGAAUGCAAAUGUGCAAAAGUUUAAUAAAGUUAAUCCAAUUUUCUUACAAGCAAGCUGAAACUAUAAACAUACAGAGAUUGUUACUAAUGUAUAGCACCUGCAGCAGUGUGGCAGUCGUCGAAGUAGUAACAUUCGUUCAGCAUGGGAAGCUGGUAUAGAAUAUUUUAGUAAACCAGGAAAAAAAAUUCUUUGCCUUAAAUAACAGUGCCUCAGCAGAGGUUUAGAUCUAGUUACGCCCCGGUGGGAGCGUACUGGUUUAAUGGUGGUAGUGGGCUGGGCCUUCGUCAGCUGUGUGGUUCAGCUGGGUGGACUGCCCUGAGAAACUUAACAUUACCCACAUGUCUCCUCCACAGCUCCACACCAUGGCUCCCACUCUCACCAUGCUCCUCUUUGUGCUUCACAUCCUCACUGCUUCGGUGCUGCAGUCAGCCUCAGAACCAGUUCUCUCUGACAGACGUCCACACCUCACUGGCUGUUCUUCCCCAGACAUGAUGACUUUCCAUUGCAGAUGGAAUGUUGGCCCUUUCCAGAAUCUCUCUGACCCCAGAGCUCUCCGCUUAUUCUACUUUAUAAAUGUACCCCCUCAUCUGUCUUCUAAAAAUUGGAGUGAAUGUCCUCACUACAGCAACGAGACGCCAAACGAGUGUUUUUUCGAUCAGAACCACACCUCGAUCUGGACAUAUUACAACGUCCAGCUCCGCUCCAGGGAUGAGACCAUCCUCUAUGAUGAGAAGGGUUUCUUUGUUAAUGACAUUGUGCAACCGGAUCCUCCUGUCAGCCUGAACUGGAUGCUGCUGAAUGUGAGUUUGACUGGCAUCCACUAUGACAUACUGUUGAGCUGGAAGCCUCCUCCAUCUUCAGGUGUGGAGACAGGGUGGAUGAAGCUGCAGUAUGAAGUUCAGCACCGUGACAACAGCUCCAGUGUAUGGGAAAUGGUUGACCCUGUUUUGAGUACAAGGUGCUCCCUUUACGGGCUUCAAACUAACAUCAAUCAUGAGAUCCGGGUUCGGUGCAAAAUGCUCGGUGGGAAAGAGUUUGGAGAAUUCAGCAAAUCUGUCUUCAUUCACAUCCCAUCGAAAGUUUCAAGAUUCCCCGUGGUGGCUUUGCUCAUCUUUGGUGCCUUGUGUUUAGUGGGAAUCCUGAUGUUGGUUAUCAUAUCACAGCAAGAAAAGUGGAUGGUUAUCCUUUUGCCUCCUGUUCCUGGACCCAAAAUUAAAGGAAUUGACUCUGAACUUCUCAAGAGUGGGAAGCUUAGGGAAUUGACAUCAAUCCUGGGUGGUCCUCCUGAUUUGAGGCCGGAGCUCUACAACUCCGACCCCUGGAUGGAAUUUAUCGAUCUGGACAUUGAAGAGCAAAGCGACAGAGUGACAGAACUGGACACUGACUGUCUCAUGAACCACCACCUGACUUCUAACUGCUCCCCACUAUCACUUGUCUUCAGAGAUGACGAUUCAGGUCACGCAAGCUGCUGCGAUCCAGAUCUCCCAUGCGACCGAGAACCAUCACCUUUCCUUCCUCUGUUCCCAAAUCUUGCCCUCAGUCAGGAGACAUUAUGUGCAGCAACCUCCGAGCCAAGCUCUCCCAUCCAAAGCUGCAACUCUGGGGAGCUUCCUUCAUUCGUCACGGACAGAGACACUUUGUACACCCAGGUGAGUGAGGUGAGGUCAUCGGGCAAGGUGUUGCUCUUACCUGAGGAACAGACAGAGGGGGAGAAAAUGCCUAGUAAAGAGAAGGAGGACGAAAUUGUGGUAGAGAAAGAGAAGAAAGAGUUUCAGCUCCUCGUGAUGAAUGCAGAUCACAGAGACUACACUUCAGAGCUCAAUGCAGGAAAAACAAGCCCAGAAUUAUCCACAGGGGACCUGACUGAACCCUGUAAAACAUUUCCGUCACCUCCCUAUGAAUCAAACACCACCUCGCCCCCACCAAUCCCUGCUCCUGUCUACACUGUGGUCGAAGGUGUUGAUAGACAGAACAGUCUCUUACUGUCACCAAAUUCAGCUCCAGCCCCACAUCUGAUAAUUCCAAAGAACAUGCCGACACCAGACGGCUACCUGACCGCUAACCUUCUGGGAAGUAUCACACCGUAAUUCAGUGUCGAAGUGUGCAAAUUAAAAAUCUGGAGGUUGAAUGUUGACUGCAUCCUUUGGCAGAGUUUUGUAAAGGAACUGAAUAAAAAGGUGUUUUACUCUGAUUGUGGAAAAGGGAAGCAUUAAAAGGGAACGCUCGAGCUGAAAACUGCUGCAGUCGAAAACCAGGUCUGCAACAACUUAACUAACCACCUUUGUUAAAGCUGUAUUAACCAGUAAAAAAGUAAAUAUUGAUUGCUUAUGAAGUGCACCAUCCAGUAUACAUGUAUUUAUUUUAUUUGCAUUUAUAAGAUUUAGUAAAAAAAAUUAUUUCCUUUCAUCCCUGGUGGUCCUCUUUGUUUAAAUCUUUGCUAAUGUUUUGUCAUUUGGUGCUGUAAGCCAAACAAGGACAAAAAUGGAUUGCAGGUGCACAAUUCCCUGCAAUAUUUUAACGAGCAACACCUUCUAUGCUACAGAUUCACAUUUUAAUCAGUAUUAAUGUUAAAGGCACCACGUCCUUGUGCAUAUUGUACAUAUGAAAAGACAAUAUUUGAAAAGAAACAAAUAAAUAACCUUCUUUUUGAUUUUUUUUUUUUUUAAUGACAUUUUUUUAUCUGUCAGAUCAACUUUGCCUCAAUGCAAACUCAAUGCAUUCAGUUCUGUGCUUUUCAAAAUGCUCAGUGUAUGUCAAUAUAUUGAUUCCUAAAAAAGAAUAAUAAAGCAUGAUUUAUGUGUGACAGGAUAAACAGGAGCUCAAUGUAAGAUGCUAAUUUAAUAUUAAUAUUAUCACAUAUUGUGUUCUUGAAAACUGUGAAAAGUUUUGAGAGCUAAAGCCAAAACGAUAUGAACUGAAAUUAUUUUGCUUAGUGAGUAUUUGUGUUUAUAGUGCAUUGAUUCUUUUGCUGUUUUUUUUUUUUUUUGUUUGUUUUUUUGUUUUUUAUUUCUGGUUGGCUUAUAUGCAUUUGAUGCAAUGUAAAAGCUAAAGGUAUAU